GCUCUCUUAUCCUCGUGGAAGCACGCGCCCACCCGCCCGUUAUCUGCCUCUCUCUGUCGGCUGGUUGUUGUCUCACGAGGCUUGAGUGUGACGGUGUCACGUUAACAUGGUUUGCAGGGCUCAGCCGCAGUAGCAGCAUAAGAAGAGAAAGAAGUAGAGACAGUAGCUGUGUGUUCCAAGCAGCCAGUCCGGACUCUCUCCCAUCUCACAUCUAUCGACCGGAGGACGCAGCCAGACAAAACCGAACUUCCCCCCACCUCUUCCCGUCUCUCUCGCUCCCACGUCCCCAUCGCGACGCUCGGUGAUCAGGAGCUUGCGGAGCUCUCUCUUAGAUAAAGGGUUGUAACCAGGGGCCUGGUAGGUGUUGUUGCCACUGAGACCGAGUGUGUGUCGCCACGGUGUUGCGUCGUUGCCAUGGGGAAACAGAACAGCAAGCUACGGCCAGAGAUGCUUCAGGACCUGAGAGAGAACACGGAGUUCUCUGACCACGAACUACAGGAGUGGUACAAGGGAUUCCUAAAGGACUGUCCCAGCGGCAACCUGAACGUGGAGGAGUUCAAGAAGAUCUACGCCAACUUCUUCCCGUACGGAGAUGCCUCCAAGUUCGCCGAGCACGUCUUCCGAACGUUUGACACCAACAACGACGGCACCAUCGACUUCCGGGAGUUCAUCAUCGCGCUGAGUGUCACGUCACGGGGAAAGCUGGAGCAGAAACUGAAGUGGGCCUUCAGCAUGUAUGACCUGGAUGGGAAUGGGUACAUCAGCCGUGAUGAGAUGCUGGAGAUCGUACAGGCCAUUUACAAAAUGGUGUCGUCUGUGAUGAAGAUGCCGGAGGAUGAGUCCACGCCGGAGAAGAGAACAGACAAGAUCUUCAGACAGAUGGACCUCAACAACGAUGGUAAACUGUCCCUGGAGGAGUUCAUUAAAGGUGCCAAAAGUGAUCCCUCCAUCGUGCGGCUACUCCAGUGUGACCCCAGCUCCGCCUCCCAGUUCUAAUCCCGCCCACCUGGCCUGCCACGUCCACCCCGGUUGCUAUGGAAACGCUCAAAUCAGUGCAUGAUGGUUCUCGUCUCUCAUAUCUUUUUGUUGUACAAGUUGGAAGAAGAGUUUUAAAAUGAGAUGAAACUAAAAUCAUUCUAAGUUUUUUUGUUUGUUUUUUAAGAAUAUAAAUGAAAGAAGGGACAUGCAUAGAUUAUUAUUAAGAAGAUAAUACGACAACUGAGAAUACAAAAAACAAGGCGUUGCCAAGGCAUUUUGUUGUCCGAUGUGUUUUCCUGUCUCUCUCCGGACCCGGAAGGAUGGAAUUCUGGAAGGAUGGAAUUCCGGAAGGAUGGAAUUCCGGAAGGAUGGAAUUCUGGAAGGAUGGAAUGGAAUUCUGCUGAGCUCCGCUGCCUCACAACGCCCGGGAAGUCCGUCUGCCAUUUUUUACAGUCGGGAAUUUUUGGGGGAGAGAAUUAAGGGAACAUUCCAUCCUGAGAACCAUCCAUGGCCCUCUGUGUUCUAAUUAUUCUGUUCAAUAGAUUCUGUUUCUCCUCCAAUCAAGGCACAGCUUCUAGAAUUCUCUUACAUGUUGAUGUGUAAAAAGAAUGCAUAUAUAUAUAUAUAUAUAUAUGACAUCAUACAAAAUGAAUAGCCAAGUAUAUCUGUCUUUUAUAAGUCGUUGCAUUCAGAAGGCAGUAUUAUGGAGCUGUGCUUGCUCUGAUUCCGAUCUGGGAAUUCCGUAGCGGUUUUCCGUAGAGGGAAUUAUGAGACAGGGGAAGGAAAGAAGUUGGGAAUUUUCCUGCUAACUGAUCUUCCACUGGGGGGGGAAAAAAAGCUGUUGAAAAUACCAUUGGGUUUUUAUUAUUGAUUGUUAUUAUUUUAUUACAUACUAUUGUUUUUCCUCCUCAUGUUGUUUACUUAUAUAUUGAUUCAUUUUAAUUAUUGUGGUUGUUUAUUUUUGAUUUUGCCAUUGAAGACGAUCGUAACCCAAUACUGGAGAUGAAUCGAAAGAAAGAAAGAAAGAAAGAAAGAAAGAAAGAUAGAGAGAGAAAUAGAAAGAUCCUUGGAUAAUGACUUGUCUUUGGAGACCGUCCGUCUCAUAUCCGUCCACGAUGGAAAACGAAGAACGUUUGAUAACAUAAUGCAUUUGAUCAACGAAACCGGUAGCAGCAAAUCAUAUCAUUUGAGCCGCCACGAGUGUAUGCAUGCAUGCAUGUGUGUGUGUGUGUGUGUGUGUGUCUGAGUGUGUGUGUGUGUGUGCAUGUGUGUACAGUAUGCAUGUGUACAGUUUGUGUAUGUCCAGGCUAACUUAACAGUCUAAUCAAUAAUGUUGUUUAUUGACAUGUAAUAUAAAGUAUUUAAAAGUUAUUUAUUUGAACACUUUAUUACGUCACUGAGCAGUAAAGUCGUCACAUUGUCAACAAACACUGCAUGGUAAAAACACACAACAAAAAAAACACGGAAAAUAAGAUUAGUAGCUUUUCUCUCUUCAUCAGCACUCUUACUGUAGUCUACCAGACCACUCUUACUGUAGCCUACCAGACCACUCUUACUGUAGCCUACCAGACCACUCUUACUGUAGCCUACCAGACCACUCUUACUGUAGCCUACCAGACCACUCUUACUGUAGUCUACCAGACCACUCUUACUGUAGUCUACCAGACCACUCUUACUGUAGUCUACCAGACCACUCUUACUGUAGUCUACCAGACCACUCUUACUGUAGCCUACCAGACCACUCUUACUGUAGCCUACCAGACCACUCUUACUGUAGCCUACCAGACCACUCUUACUGUAGCCUACCAGGCCACUCUUACUGUAGCCUACCAGACAACUCUUACUGUAGCCUACCAGACCACUCUUACUGUAGCCUACCAGACCACUCUUACUGUAGCCUACCAGACCACUCUUACUGUAGUCUACCAGACCACUCUUACUGUAGUCUACCAGACCACUCUUACUGUAGCCUACCAGACCACUCUUACUGUAGUCUACCAGACCACUCUUACUGUAGCCUACCAGACCACUCUUACUGUAGUCUACCAGACCACUCUUACUGUAGCCUACCAGACCACUCUUACUGUAGCCUACCAGACCACUCUUACUGUAGCCUACCAGACCACUCUUACUGUAGCCUACCAGACCACUCUUACUGUAGCCUACCAGACCACUCUUACUGUAGCCUACCAGACCACUCUUACUGUAGCCUACCAGACCACUCUUACUGUAGUCUACCAGACCACUCUUACUGUAGUCUACCAGACCACUCUUACAGUAGUCUACCAGACCACUCUUACUGUAGCCUACCAGACCACUCUUACUGUAGCCUACCAGACUACACACAGAAGAUGCAUGUCCCGUCUUUGCGCACUCGUGUGUGUGUGUGUCCGUGUGUGCCACUUUGAGACAGACCCCUUCCCUCCUUCCCUCCCUCGUCUCCUAGACAUAGAGAACACACUAAGGGCUUCAUUAUCAUUCUCAAUCCCAAUGCGUUUGUGUCAUCUUCCUAUGUGUACUUAGCCAACAGGCAGUAGGUAGAGUUGUUUUAAGACACUGAUCACCAAGAAAAAUGUGUCCCAAAUGACACCCUAUUCCCUAUAUAGUGCACUACUUUUUGACCAAGACCCCAUAGGGCUCUGGGCGAGUGCAUACUUCAGAAUGUUUACUGCACUGCACCUCUGCUAAUGGUCUCCCAGUGUCACUGCCCCCUGCUGGUUGGAUGAGGAACAGUCGCUGCUACACUGCUGCUAAAUUAUUUGACAGGUUUUCCAGAAAUCUCAGUAGGAAGAUUCUCAGAUUUCCUGCUGAUUCCAGGGAUUUUUCCAACAGGGAUUUCUGGAAAAAAACUGGACAUUUUGGAAAAGUUACCAGAAUUUUGCAAUCCUAUUCCGUCCUACCUACCGCUCUUCUAUUCCGUCCUACCCACCCCUCUUCUAUUCCGUCCUACCUACCGCUCUUCUAUUCCGUCCUACCUACCCCUCUUGUAUUCCGUUCUACCUACCCCUCUUCUAUACCGUUCUACCUACCCCUCUUCUCUACCGUUCUACCUACCCCUCUUCUCUACCGUCCUACCUACCCCUCUUGUAUUCCGUUCUACCUACCCCUCUUCUAUACCGUUCUACCCACCCCUCUUCUAUUCCGUUCUACCUACCCCUCUUCUAUACAGUCCCACCUACCCCUCUUCUAUUCCGUCCUACCCACCCCUCUUCUAUUCCGUCCUACCUACCGCUCUUCUAUUCCGUUCUACCUACCCCUCUUCUAUACAGUCCCACCUACCCCUCUUCUAUUCCGUCCUACCCACCCCUCUUCUAUUCCGUCCUACCUACCCCUCUUCUCUACCGUUCUACCUACCCCUCUUCUCUACCGUCCUACCUACCCCUCUUCUAUACCGUUCUACCUACCCCUCUUCUCUACCGUCCUACCUACCCCUCUUGUAUUCCGUUCUACCUACCCCUCUUCUCUACCGUCCUACCUACCCCUCUUGUAUUCCGUUCUACCUACCCCUCUUCUCUACCGUCCUACCUACCCCUCUUGUAUUCCGUUCUACCUACCCCUCUUCUAUACCGUUCUACCUACCCCUCUUCUAUACCGUUCUACCUACCCCUCUUGUAUUCCGUUCUACCUACCCCUCUUCUAUACCGUUCUACCUACCCCUCUUCUAUUCCGUUCUACCUACCCCUCUUCUAUACCGUUCUACCUACCCCUCUUCUAUUCCGUUCUACCUACCCCUCUUCAAUUCCCACUGCCUCUAAAACUGGUACCUUCAGUUGGAUCAAUAGUAUUAUUAUUUUUUCUGUUGCAUGAAAACCUCCAGCAAAGAGUGUGAUGUUUCUUCCUGUUUUGAUCCGAAUCAAUGACAAAUAUACCUUGUGUAUUUCAAACA